GUCCAUUGGGGGUGCGAGUGGAGUCUGUGUGCGACAUGGUGACUCUGACUCUGUCUUUGCUCUGUCUCUGUGUGUCUCUGGCUCACGGGAGUAUUCCAGUGAGCCUCGAUGGAGCCAUCAGUGGCCGGUCCGGUAACAUGGUGGCAGAUGACCGGGUCGCCAUCAAUGAAGUGUGCGGUCUGCCGGCCAGCCUGAGUCGCCGAGUGGUGGGUGGUGAGGAGGCUGUGCGCGGCUCGUGGCCCUGGCAGGCGGGCCUCGUCACCAAGACCGGCACCCGGUACGCCCUGUACUGCGGCGGCACACUCAUCAGCAGUCGACUGGUGGUCACCGCUGCGCACUGCACCAACAUGUUUCUGCAGGGAAUGGCCCGACCCCGUGCCCUGCGCGCCGCCGAAGUACGCGUCCUCCUCGGUGCACAUAAUGUCACCGACCCGAGUGACGGAUUCUGGGUGCACGACGUGGCCGAGAUCCACCGGCACCCGCGCUUCGACUAUGCCACCAUCGACAACGACAUCGCGCUGCUGCGCCUGGAGGAACCGGUCGAGUUCGGACCGCGAGUCAGUCCCGCCUGUCUGCCCGACAAAGAGACGGUCUACACGGGCCGCUGGGCCACGGUGACCGGCUGGGGCUCCACCGCCUACCAGGGCCGACCCAGCGCCGUGCUGCGCGAGGUCCACGUGCCGCUCAUGUCCAGCGCUCAGUGCAGGCGCACUACAUACGGCAGCAUCAUCACCCGCAACAUGAUCUGCGCGGGCCUGCCGGCCGGCGGACGCGACUCCUGUCAGGGCGACUCGGGCGGCCCGCUGGUCGUUCGCCACGCCCACCGCUGGCGGCUGGUGGGCGUGGUCAGUUUCGGCUUCCAGUGCGCCACCGCCGGCUACCCGGGCGUCUACACGCGCGUCCAGAACUACGUCGACUGGAUCAACUGGCACGUCGACAACGAGAUCCGCGGCUGACCAGCCACUGACUCCCCUGUGUUCAAAGGAAUAUCCCGUGACGGGUUGUAUGUACUUGCCGAACUUAUUUCCUCUUAUGAAAGGAUUCAAUUUAAAGA